GCACACCCGUGUAGAAACCCCAUGUGGCCUUUUUCUGGUCUGGUCUUUAUCUGGCUGGCCAGGUGUGUAAAAUGAAACGGAUUAGCUCUCUCCACAAGCAGUUAUGGGUCUGAGGUGAUGCCUUGGAACACCAUGAUACAUCUUUCUGGGGGGUUGUGGGAGAGGAAGACAGAGUCUGGGGUUUGCCUCCACUCUGGUGGAUCUCUACGACAUAUUGACCAUGGAGAAUGUGUGAGGUGUUAGCACAGAGGUUCGAGAAGGGUACCAUGCAGGUGGUGUCCAUGAUGAUCCUGGCCACCCCCAGCACCGAGACCCGCAAUGCGUUGGCACGGGAGUUGCUUCUAGCUGCGCUGGAGGACCUGACCCAGGAGCAGUUGAAGCGCUUCUGCUACAAGCUGCGGGACGCACAGCUGGAUGGCCGCAGCAUCCCGCGAGGGCGGCUGGAGCACGUGGAUCGCGUGGACCUCGUUGAAAGACUGACCCAGUUCUACGGGCCAGAACCAGCGCUGGAUGUUACCCGAAAGGUCCUGAAGAAGGCUGACGCUCGCGAUGUGGCAGCGAGGCUCAAGGCGCAGAGGCUGGAGGGACUGGGCCCCAGCUGCUCCGCGCUUCUCUCUGUGUCAAAGUACAAGAAGAAAUACCGCGAGCACGUGCUGCUACAGCACGCUAAAGUGAAGGAGAGGAACGCCCGCUCGGUGAAGAUCAGCAAGCGCUUCACCAAGCUGCUCAUCGCGCCAGGGAUGGAGGACGAGGUGCUGGGGACGGAGGAAGAGCCGGAGCCCGAGCGAGCGCGGCGCUCAGACUCGCACACCUUUAAUCGGCUGUUCCGCGGCGACGAGGAGGGCCAGCGGCCGCUGACCGUGGUGUUGCAGGGCCCGGCAGGUAUCGGCAAGACCAUGGCAGCCAAGAAAAUCCUCUACGACUGGGCAGCAGGCAAGCUGUACCAUGGCCUGGUGGAUUUCGCCUUCUUCCUAUUGUGCCGCGAGGUAUUGGAGCGGCCAGGUGAGUGCAGCUUGGCAGACCUGAUCCUGGACCAGUGCCCGGACCGCGUCGCGCCAGUGCGGCAGAUGCUGGCACAACCCCAGCGCCUGCUGUUUAUCUUGGACGGCGCAGACGAACUGCCCGGUUUAGGAGCCCCGGAGGCUGCGCCUUGCACAGACCCUUUCCAAGCUACAAGCGGUUUGCGGAUACUGAGUGGGCUGCUGAGCCAGGAGCUGCUCCCCUCGGUUCGCCUACUGGUGACUACACGCACUGUCGCCCCUGGGAGGCUGCAGGGCAGACUGAGCUCACCACAGUGCGCUGAGGUGUGCGGCUUUUCCGACAAAGACAAGAAAAAAUAUUUCUUUAAGUUCUUCAAGGAUGAGAAGAAGGCGGAGCGUGCCUAUCGCUUUGUAAAAGAGAAUGAGACGCUGUUCACACUGUGUUUUGUGCCCUUUGUGUGCUGGAUCGUGUGCACCGUGCUGCAGGAGCAGCUCCAGUUGGGUCAGAACCUGUCUCGCACCUCCAAGACCACAACGUCAGUGUACCUGCACUUCGUUAUCAGCACGCUGAAGUCUCCAGGCGCCGAUGGGCCCCAGGUGCCGAGAGAGCUGUGCAAGCUGUGCCUCCUGGCCCGGGAGGGCAUCCUGAAGGGCCAGGCUCACUUCUCUGAAAAGGACCUGGAGCGACUGAAGCUUCAAGGCUCCCAAGUCCAGACAUUGUUUCUCAGCAAGAAGGAAGUACCAGACGUGCAAGAAAAGAAAGUCACCUACAGUUUCAUCGACCUGAGUUUCCAGGAGUUCUUGGCUGCAUUGUCCUACCUGUUGGAGGACAAAGGAGCUCCAGGGGCACCGGUUGGGGGUGUGCAAAUGCUCUUGAACUCUGAUGCAGAGCUGCGUGGUCACCUCGUACUCACUACUCGCUUCCUCUUCGGUCUGUUGAAUGUAGAGUGGAUUGGUGAUAUUGAACGCCACUUUGGCUGUGUGGUGCCAGAGCGUGUGAAGCAGGACACCCUGCGGUGGGUACAGGGACAAGGCCGCCGCAGGGUGGCACCAGUAGGGGCACAAAGGAAUGAUAAGUUAGAGGACACCGAGAAACCAGAGGAGGAGGAGGAAGAGGAGGAGGAGAAGGAAGAGGAGAUCAACCUUGGGCUGGAGCUGCUAUACUGCCUGUAUGAGACACAGGAUGAUACCUUUGUGCACCAGGCCCUGAGCAGUCUUCCAGAACUGGUGCUGGAGAGAGUGCGUUUCAGUUGGAUGGACCUAGAGGUCUUGGGUUACUGUGUGAAACGCUGCCCAGAGGGACAGGCACUGAAGCUGGUCAGCUGUGGGCUGGUGGCUGCACGAGAGAAGAAAAAGAAGAAUCUGGUGAAGCGGCUGAAGGGCAGUUCUCGAGCCACCAAGAAGCAACCCCUGGCCUCCCUACUACAUCCACUCUGUGAAGUCAUGAUUGACCAGCAGUGUAAUCUGAGCAGCCUGACCUUGUCAUGCUGCAAACUACAUGAUGCAGUUUGCCAAGAUCUCGCUAAAGCCCUGAGGGUGGCUUCCAACCUAAGAGAGCUGGGUAUCCUCCAGUGCCGGCUCACCAAGAUAGGCCUACAUUUGCUGAGUGAAGGUUUGGUUUGGCCCAAGUGUCAGGUGCAGACACUCAGGAUGCAGCUGCUUGACCUCCGUGAAGCAAUCCAGUACCUGGUCAUUGUGCUCCAACAGAGCCCAGUCCUCACCACCCUGGACCUCAGUGGCUGUCAGCUGUCUGGCCCCAUGGUGACCAAUCUGUGUUCAGCUCUGAAGCAUCCAACAUGCUGCCUGAAGACCCUCAGUCUGGCCUCCGUGGAGCUGAGUGAGCUGUCACUGAGGGAGCUUCGGGCUGUGAAGACAGCAAAGCCCAAUCUAACCAUCAUGCACUCAGCACUGGACACAUUUCAGACUCCUAAAGGAUGUGGAAAUGUCUUCUAAGGCCUGGAGGCUAGAGCAGGGUAGAGGAUACUGUAACCAGAGUCCCUAUGAAGACAUCCUCCCCACUCAAAGGCAAGAGGAUGCCAGCCUCCCCCUCCAGGCAAGUCUUUUGAGUCAAGAGGCAAUGGAAGGGCAAACAGAAGACUCUUGUCAGCUCCUGGACAAGUCAGCACAUGCCCUUCCCUGCACACUCUGAGAGUCCUCUUCCUCAGCCCCACAACUACUGCCACCUCCCUUUCUGGGACCCUCCAGUAUGCCCCUUGCAGAUACUCCCAACAACAUCUGUUGUAUGGAUCAGUAUAGGCCCCAAGAGUUCCGUAGCAGAAAGUAGAUGAGUCACCAUCCCAACCUGGAAUUUGGGCCCUUGGCUUUUGAAAUAAUGCCAUCCCUAGAGCUGUGUAGCUUAAGCCCAGAGGCAUCCACUUCUGCCUAAGAGCUACAGGAAAGGAAUCAGAAGAGUGACAGCUUCAGUUGGGAGCUUGGACAGCACAGUGGAUGUUUCUAACAUACUGAUAAUAAAUUUUCUUUUGGAUUCCCUUU